GCACGGAGGACAGCGCUUGCCGCUUGGUGCCGCCGUGCAGAUAUCGAGGAGCCAUAGCCUGUACCCUGUAGAGAGGGUGGAGAGCAGAAGCCGGCGGAGCCAUGGCGACCACUCUUUCGUUAUCCUCUCCCCUCUUCCUCGGAGCUCCGGCCAGAGCUAGAGAUGCAAUUUCGUAUGGAGUGGCUUCGGCUAGUAUAUCACCAACCACUGUAAAUGUUCUAGGCAAGGGCUACACGAGCAGGGUUCCUGUUCGGGAGCAACAGCGACGAAUGGCGAUAGUAUCUGUGCUUGGAAGGAAGAAGUCAACGGCCAAAGAAACAGUUGUCCCGGACCCUGACUAUAGGUUACCAAUUGCUAUACUUGGGAUUGCUAGUGCUUUUGCAUAUGCAGACAAUCUUCUAGCUGCUGCACCUGUAGGACUGCUGGGGCUUCUUCUUUUGUUCCAGACUACAAGAGUGAGGUUCGUCUUUGAUAAUGAGGCCCUGGAGGUGAAAGUUGGAGACCAGCUGCAGGAGUCAGGUGAAAAUGUGUUUGUCGGCGGCAAGAACCGUUGGAAGUACUCAACGUUUGUAAAUUGGGAGCUAUGGUGGCCACAGUUUCCUAUCUUGGUUUACUUCAAGGAGACCCAGACAAAGCCCGAAGGACAAAUCCACUUCUUUCCUGUGAUAUUCAAUGGUCGACAAUUAUAUGAUGUAAUGGUGGAGCGUGCUGGACCCUCGAAGACGAGUGGCCCUAAAUAGUGCCACCUUGCUUCUUCCCUCGUGGCAAUGACAUGACUUUCCAUGUCUUCUAUGGCUCGGAUCCUUGGACAAAUAUUCCGUCCUGAUGUGUAGCUUGCGCUUCCCUUCAAGUAGAAGGUCGUGUAUAUAUAUAGCGUCUAUACUUGUUGUAUCUUCAGUAGGGAUAAUAGAAACUAAUGUCAUGCAACUUUUUCUUCUGGAACUGCAACUGUGAUGAAUCAAAGCUUGUGCGAGGAACUUUCCAAAUCCAGUGAAUUGAGUUGACGGAAUUGAGGGUCGGUUUGGAUGCUGGUUCCAAAUCCAGUGACAUUUUGCUGAAAUAGUAUUGGCAUUUGAUUCA